AUGUCAAUGCACUCGAAUCGCAAUUCAAGCCAAAUGCUCUCCCUCACACAUCGUAGAGUCGUUUCUGUCUCCGAACCUAAGAUCGCUCCACGAUUCGUCGCCCCAACACUGUUGGACCUUUCUAAAAGUGAAUCGGCUACCUCCCCUCACAACCGUCAAAACUUGAUCCGCGUCAAGGACGUGACUAACCGCGCGAGGUUAAAACGAAGAGCCUCACAUGACUAUAACUGUAAUGAUGGUCAACUUCCCCAAGAGUUUUUAGAAAGUAAUUCACCCGCGACAGGAACAACGCCGUUAAUCCUAAUCAAUCGAAGAAAAAGUAUCGGCGCAUUCGAAGUGGAAGACAGCAACAGUCUCGACAACUCCGACUCACCUCGUCAAGUCAAAGAGAAGUCCUGCACUCCCAAGAUGACGGAGAUGUUCAAUUGUGAAAUCGAUAGUCAGUGGUCCUUCCCACUUUCUGGUCUUUCCAAAAACCGUUUUGAUGAUGAAGUCUCUAAAAUUACGAACACAAAAGUCUCAACAUCAAAAGUAUGUGAAGGUGACAUUUCGAGUAAAUUGCAAGUCAGAGUCCCUUAUAUUCAGUUUGUCAAAAACACGUCAGGCGUUGUUAUAAUGAUUGAGGAUGAAAGGGGUCUUGUCUAUGGAUUUUACUGUUACCAAAAGCUCAGUCCUUCCCAAGACCUUCGAACAUCUGAAAAGUUUUGGAAGACGUGGAAUUGGACGCCCUGUGAGGAGGUCAUUUUCUUCUACUUUUCAAGAGACUCCAAAAACAUACAGUUUGUCGCGUCAAGGGAAAACGUGAGGAUCUCUGUGUGCAUCUACACCAAUUAUGCUGCCUUUUGUGCCAUUGGGAUCCCUGUACACCACGUUGCAUUCACAAAUACUGGGGUGUGGGGCGAUGCAACACUUUCCGAACUCUUUAAAGUGUGCAAUGCAAACGUACCUUCUUUUGGUCACACCAAGCACGUCAUCUUCGCCAAAUUGUAA